AUGUCUUACUACUUCAUUUUCAGUGUAAUUUGUCUUUUGUUCGCUCGCGGUGGCUUUACCGCUGCCGUAGGAUAUCCUUCGGGACCUGUGGACUUGAAAGCCGCUCUCAGUAAGCCAAGCAUGGGAUGGACUUCACCGAAUAUACUCUCCUUUCCUGGCCAACAAAGCUUCAUCAACGCAACUGAAAGGUGGACCGUUUUUGAUCCGCCAACCUAUUCAGCUUCUGUUACCGUGCGGAAUGAGGCAGAUGUUGUAAAGGCUGUCAAAAUAGCAAGGGAUCUCAAGAUUCCAUUUCUAGCUACAGGAGGUCGUCAUGGAUACGGAACAACGCUAGGAAAUCUAAAAAAUGGCAUUUCGAUUGAUCUCAGCCUUCUAAAAACUGUUACAAUCGAUAAACAUGCUUCAACUAUGACAAUCGGGGGUGGUGUUCGAUUUCGAGACAUGGUUGAUCCCUUGUUUGCAGCUGGUUUCCAGAUACAAACCGGAACAUGCUCCUGUCCUGGGAUGGUUGGAGUGACUAUCGGAGCUGGAAUCGGUCGUCUUCAGGGACUCUACGGCCUACUAAGCGAUGCUCUUAUCUCUGCAACAGUCGUAACUGCUUCUGGCAAGGUGCUACAAGUGUCCGAAACUUCUAAUUCAGACUUGUUCUGGGGAAUUCGAGGAGCUGGUGCCAACUUCGGCGUCAUUACUUCUGCAACAUACAAGGUCCAACCAAUCAUCAACAAUGGUAUAUUUACCAGCAUCGACAUGGUUUUCACCGCUGCCCAGAAUGUAUCUUAUUUCAAUACUCUAGCUUCGAUGGUCAAUGGGAAUGGAACCUUUCCCGCAAAGUUAGCCGCAAUUACCAAUGUUCUUUAUAACACAACUAGCAACCAAACGGAAAUUAUAACCAACUGGGCAUACGCCGGUCCCCGAGAAGAAGCGCUUCGUGUGAUGGCUCCUAUUCUAGCUGUACAGCCAGUGUUCACGAACCUCACUGACGUUUCCUGGAAAAAUCUCAACACUGAAACGAGCUUUGGUUUCGAUGCUAUUAUCUGCGAACCUCUCGGUAUCAGAAGCAUCUAUAGCGCUGCCCUUCGUACCGUAUCUUCAAAUACCGCAAUAUCAGUCUUUGCGAAAUUGGUAGACUUUUAUGCAAAGUACCCAGAGGGCCGCGGUAAUACUAUAUCCCUCGAGAGCUUCCCGCCCCAGAAAGUGAGGGAAAUACCUGAUAGCACAUCAGCUUAUCCUUGGAGACAAACCAUAACCUACCUACUUAUAGAACUUUCUUGGGAAGCAGGAAGCAGCGUCGGGGAUGCAUCAAAUGCUCUAGGACUCGAGCUCCGCAAAGACUUCGCUGCUACUUCUGGAUACCCUGAUCUGACCGUGUAUGUCAAUUAUGCACACGGAGAUGAGAAACUCGAGCAGAUUUACAGUGCUGAGAAAUUGCCACGUCUGGCAGCACUUAAGAAAACCUGGGAUCCAGAGAAUCUUUUCGCGUUUAACAACCCAUUACCAACACAUUACCCUUAG